UUUAGAGCCAGAGAUUCUGUGCCCGAUGCAGGCGAUAAGCAGACCUGUGAAAAUAUGCUGUGAAAUCAAUUGUCUUCGUAUUUAAAAUUAAUCCAUUCUAAAUGUUGCCCAAUCCCAGCAAUUAGGAGACCUGGGGCAAUUUAAUUGAGCUGGAAAAGGUUGUCAAUCCAUUGAGAGACUGUGGUCAUAUUAUUUUCUCACGUCUCGUGUUGUAAUCAUAGCAAGAAAAUACAGUGAAUAUUUACCUCGACUUGGGUGAAAGAAGGACCUCAAAAACAAAUACACAAGGAAAGAAACCACGAAGGGAGAAAUAAUACAGUUUUACUAUAUGAAGAUACAAAUCUUCGGGUGUAAUGUGGUUAUUGCUUCUCGAAAGCUUGACAGAUUAAACUCUGCUGCAGAAGAACUGAAAGCCUCCCUGCCUCCCAACAACCAGGCUCAAGUCUAUCCUAUACAUUGCAACAUCCGGAAAGAAGAGGAGGUGAAUAAUUUGGUCAAAUCAACUUUAGGCCUUUAUGGUAAGAUCAAUUUCUUGGUAAACAAUGCAGGAGGCCAGUUCUUGUCUACUGCUGAGCACAUCAGUUCAAAGGGAUGGAAUGCUGUGAUUGAAACCAACCUGACGGGCACCUUCUACAUGUGCAAAGCAGUUUACAAUUCCUGGAUGAAAGAGCAUGGAGGAUCUAUUGUUAAUAUCAUUAUCCUUCUUAGAAAUGGAUUUCCAAUAGCUCCGCAUAGUGGAGCUGCAAGAGCAGGCGUUUACAACCUCACCAAAUCUUUGGCUCUGUCAUGGGCCAGCAGUGGCGUAAGGAUCAAUUGUGUUGCCCCUGGAACAAUUUAUUCCCAGACUGCUAGUGACAACUAUGGUGACUCAGGAGAAAGCAUGUUUGAAAGUUCCUUUCAGCGUAUCCCAGCUAAACGAAUGGGAGUUCCUGAGGAGGUCUCCUCCUUGGUCUGCUUCCUGCUGUCUCCUGCAGCUUCCUUUAUCACUGGACAGUUGGUGGAUGUGGACGGGGGCCAGUCUCUGUACACUCGGUUGUAUUCAAUACCAGAUCAUGACAACUGGCCGGAGGGAGUUGGGGAUCUUUCUGUUGUCAAGAGGAUGAAGGAGUCUUUUAAGAAGAAAGCCAACCUCUAAGUGAAGGAAAGAGCCAGCAAUUUGGUUCCUGAGUGCCUCAACAUCUUGAGAACAAGCACUGUGGUUUAUAAGAGUUUAUAAUUUGUAUGGGAAAAAUCAGUUCUUUUAGUGAUGUUGUUAUUGAUUAUACCUAUGCAAAAACUACUCCUGAAGGAAAUGCCUUUUUUGUCCCAACUGAUGUCUCUUGAUCUGUGAUUAAUUUUUUUAAGGAACAGAAAUUAACAUACUUAAAUGAUUAUACUUAUUUCUAAGGAUGGUAUCUGAAAAAUGAAAUAAGUUUAAAGUAAUAAUAAUUAGAAGAAUCAUUCUCAGGUUUUACUAUUGAAUUAUAAAGGGAGAAAAUAUAUCUAAAUUGUGUUAUUACAACUAGAGUCAUACAGUGCUUAUU